AUGAAUAGAGUGACAAAUUCACCAGUAACACGUCAACGUCGGAAAGACAUAGUAAAGGAAGCCAAAGGAGGUUUUGGUCACCAAAGCGGACCAUUUAAAACUGCCAAAGAGCAUGUAAUGCGGGCUCGGGCUUAUGCUUAUCGCGACCGAAAGCAAAAAAAAAGAGAUUUUCGUCCACAAAUUAAACUAAAUCGUAAGCAGUUAUCGGAAAUGGCUAUCCAUCAACCUCAGCACUUCCAGGCUUUAAUCAGCAAGGUUCAAAAUCCGUGA